UUUCUUUUCCUUUUUUUCUUUAUCUUUUAUUUUUUUUUCAUGGCGGGCUUCAAGGAUAUUGGUCGCCUUAUAAAAUCAAUCCUAGUGGGCUUCAAGGAUAUUGGUCACUUUAAAUAUUCAAUCCUAGUGGGCUUCAAGGAUAUUGGUCACUUUAAAUAUUCAAUCCUAGUGGGUUUCAAGGAUACUGGUCACUUUAAAUAUUCAAUCCUAGUGGGCUUCUAAGGAUAUUGGCCACUCUAAAUAUUCAAUCCUAGUGAUUCCUCUAGAUAUUGUCCAUCCUAAAUAUUCAAUUAUGACUCUUUUCUUCAUAAUGGUCUCCUCUAAACUCUACCUACUCUAUAUAUUUAAUCCUGACUCUUUUCUUCAUAAUGGU